CCUUAUAACUACGCUCUCCCGUAACUGACUCUUUUUAAUUCACGGAGAGGUUGUUUCCCGAAUUGCUUCUUCAAAAAAGGCAACUUACGAUAUGGCCUCUCACUUACGCAGAAGAGACUCUUUUGAAUUGGGGAGUUUUAUGGCGUAUAUGGUCUAUAAAUGAUGGCGUGCUCGCACUUCUUUCCAACGGACAAACACACUUGCAUUCAUCUACCUCAACAGCCAACAACCAAACCAGUCAAUAUCAAACUCGAAUAAAGCCACCAUGAAGCUAAUCACCAUCCUCGUCGCUGUCUCGGCUAUUUUCUCCAGCGUCGUACUUGCCUCCCCCGUCGAGGCAAAGAGCGCCGCGGCCGUCGGUUCUACACUAGAGGCGCGGAAGUGCGCCUACUCAGGCUGCUCAGCUUGCCAUGCAUACUGCUACAAUGAUAUGCCCUGCGCUCCUGGCCACGACUGCAGCAUCCAGAGAUUGGGGUGCAUUCUCUUGUGCCAGUCCACAGGUUGCUGCAGCUGAUUUACACCAACACGGAGUAUUGAAAUAUAGUUGCUUGUAGUUGGAUAAUGUUGCAAAAAG